UUGUUAGGAAACAAAGAAAGAAAAAAAAAAGGGAAAAAAAACUUUUUUUUUUAAAAAAUAAUUUUGGCGACCAAAAAUAUUGUUCUUGCACACACAAACUCAGUCCCAAACUCAUGUCAGGAGUUGAGUGUUCUCAUUGUACAUCGCCGUCGAUUCCCAUUUGUUCGUGAUUCACUUCAAUUCCCUUUACUUUAAUCUCAAUCUCAACCCCCAACUUCUGCCGCACUUCGCUGGAAGAUCGUCUUCUUUCCGGCAGAUUUGAGCUCCAAACUCGACGUUUCUCGGCGCCCUCUACUCUCCGCUCUCUCCGAUUUCCUUCUUUACAUUAUUCUUCUUGCUGUCUUUCUCUCACUGUUAUCAAGGAUUUUCGCUCGGUGCGAACUGGCUAUGGACUACGAGCCCAUGAUAGUAGCGACGAAACUAUAUAAAGCAGAUUCAAAUUGCGUAACCUAGUUGUUGUCACCGGUGAAAUUUGGAACCAGCGCUCGCUCUGUUGUCCAAGAUGGCCGAAGGAGAUGCAACUGCAACAGCUUCCACAAGCUUCAACUGCCAAGAAUCAUCACUCUGCCAUGAGUGUAAAUCGAACCCAUCUAAGUACAAGUGCCCCGCUUGCUCUAUCCAUUCUUGUAGCCUCAAUUGCGUCAAUGCCCACAAGCGCCGCGGUGGCUGUACUGGCAAGAGGAAGCAGACCCAAUUCGUCCCGCUUUCUCAGUUCAAUGAUAGUAUCCUUUUCUCUGAUUAUAAUUUCCUGGAGCAAGUGAAGCGGAUGGCUGAAUCAGCUCAAGGACUUAGAAAGAAAUUGUGCCCUUAUACUCAUGCUUAUUUCGGAUUUCACCUUAAAAGUUUGCGCACUGCUGCUUCAAGCAGGAGAACAAAAAUCCUGUUUCUCCCCACAGGAAUGACGAAAAGGGAGAACAAUCAAACUCGAUAUGACAAGAGGGAAAAAACAAUCUUCUGGACAAUGGAAUGGUGGUUUAACUCUACAGAUAUUGUUUUAGUUGACCAUGGGGUUAAUGAAAACUCAAAGCUUUCUACCAUUCUUGAAAACCAACAACCAAGACCAUGGAAAAAUCAACUUGAAAAGUUUUGCGAGCAGCUGGAUAGCCUCAAAUUUUUUGUCCGUACAUAUCCCAAGGGAGCUACAUCGCCUUUCCGUGAGCUGGACUCGAGGUUGCCAAUAAGAAAACUGUUUUCCAAUUUGGUUUUUGUGGAAUACCCUGUUAUAUAUGUUUUUCUACCGUCUCAAACUCCUAACUUUGAAGUAGUUAAAACUGCCAAUCCAAUGAGUCGUAAUCCAGAAGGUACAAAUGCCGGAGAAAAUGAUCUUGCUAGUCAUGAAGGCGUUUCCUUCAGGGUGGAAGAAAUAGAAGAUGAUGACAUCAUCAGGUUCGAUCUGAUGAAAGUAUCAACUUCAAGCCCACGUUGUGAAGUUGACCCCCAAAACCUGCAUAAUGCAACACAUAAUUACUCUACAGAUUUGAUGGGGAAGCAGGAAGUUGGGAAUAGCCCCAAUUCAAGCUCCCAGGCCAAGGAGAUAGGGGUUGUGAAAGAAUUCGAGUUUGAUUUUGAGCAAGAUCUGAUAGAUGCGUACUCAAAUAUCAUGGCACAAAUCAAUCCAGAUGAUUUUCUUGAUUGGGAAGGAGACUUUUCCAAGGGAGUGGAAAUGGAAGGAAGUGGUGAACUUCUCGGGGAUGCGUUCAUGUUUGAAGAACUGGAGGGAGAGAUUAUGGAAUAGUGAUUAGCAUUUCAAGGUAUAGAUCUUAUUAGCAGGAACCAAUUUUUGCUUGAAGCAGAGCUUUCUUGUUCCUACUACACUACAGGCAAAUCUUGAUGCCAUUUUAUUUCAUUGAUUUGUCCAUCUCUGCCAGCAAUAUCCUGCAUUUUGGCCCAUGCUAGAUAGAUUGUACAUUCUAGUAUAGUCUGUAGCUCAACUUUGUUGCUGUUAACACUUUUUGCUAGUCUUGAUUUGAUUUAUUAUAUCAAUGAAUGAA